CAUCAGUAGGGGCCGGGCUCCGCGGGCAGAGGCCGGAGAUGGCGGCGCCCUCGGCCCCGCGGCCGCCGCGGCCCCGCAAGGAGCCGCAGCCGCUGGUCAUCCCGCGCAGCGCGGCCGAGGAGCAGCGCCUGCGCCUGGAGCGCCUCAUGAAGAACCCGGACAAGACCGUUCCCAUCCCCGAGAAACUGAGCGAAUGGGCGCCGCGACCUCCCCCAGAGUUUGUCCGAGAUGUCAUGGGUUCUAGUGCUGGAGCUGGCAGUGGUGAAUUCCAUGUGUACCGCCAUCUUCGCCGGAGAGAGUAUCAGAGGCAGGAUUUUAUGGAUGCGAUGGCUGAGAAGCAAAAACUGGAUGAGGAAUUCCAAAAGAAAUUGGAGAGGAAUAAGAUGAUUGCGGAGGAGCAGACAGCGAAACGCAGAAAGAAGCGCCAGAAGUUGAAAGAGAAGAAGCUGCUGGCUAAGAAAAGUAAACUAGAACAAAAGAAGGAAAAAGAACUCCACAUCCAAUGCCUUUCACCAUCAGUGCAGUAGGAAAAAGCAUGGAGCUAAUAGCAAAUGACAGUUCAUAAUUUUACCACUUGGUGGCAUCAAACUACUACUAAAUGUGAUCCUCAAAGGUCAGAGACUGGACUAAGUAUUAUUGUUACCCAAACAAAACAAAGUGCAGGAACUAGAAGAGGGGCAGUAAGAGAUUCAGGUCUAUUCUAUCCAACCAAACCUUCAGAGUUUAUCACUGGAGUUCCAAUGAUUAAUUUCUGUUUGGGUCCUUCUCUAAUGGGUUAAAACUUUGUGAGCUUUCCACAAACGUUCCUUGCAGCAUACAUCCAAAAGGAGCUCUCUCGAGGCCAGGCCAAAUCUGUCCCUUCUGCAGAUAUCACAGCAAUUUUAUAGCAUGUUGAUUUUUUGAGUGGGCAAAUUUAGACGUUGAAAUUCCAAAGAGCACUCCACGGUUGGUUCUCUGCUUCCCAAUUCCUUUUUGAUUGCAAUCAGGAAUAUAUGCGUAUACAUGCAGAGGUGAGAGCGUGGGAAAAAAUAGUACUCAGAACUGGCCCUUUUAAAGUUUCUGCCUAACUUUCCUUUUGUUUCUUGUAGACCGUUACUUAAUCAUAUGAUAGCUGAUAGUAAUAAUCAGGUUACUGAGAUAAAACAGAAGUGCAGUCUGAAUGCGGGUGCUAUUUCUCAUAGUAAGACUGGUUCUGGGGGGGUCUCUUAGCUGGAUAGAAUGUUAGUAAAUACACUGUUGGGAGCAAUUCUGUGAUGACCCUUGGGAAGGAGCAAGAUGUGACCUAAACUUAUUUUCCCUAACAUCCAAGACUGAUUUGUUGGUGAUUAUUCUGAUGUGCCUUCCUUACUACAUGUCAUCAGAUUAUCCCAUUU